AUGGGUACAUUAGUAGAUUAACAGUCUCAUCUAGUUUUAAUCCUCACAUAUAAUUUAAAAAAGCAGUUCUAAUAAAUAUCUAACAAGAACAAACUAUAAAAUCUUAAGUUUGAUUUUCACAUAUAUUAUGUCGAUGCAGAUUUUCAUCUAAUGGACUCUCCUCAUUCAUAAUGCUAUUUUUAAAUUUUUGUUUAAGUUCAAAAUGUGAAUAUACUAACUGCUAAUUCACAUACAAAUGUGAAGAGAGAAAUAACUAAUACUAUUAAAUUGCUUAAACCCCAUAUCUUUAUCUAAUCUCAUUUAACUGUUAUAAACAGGAUGGAUAACAAGUUGAUCAAACUAUUAGCGCAUAUUAAACAAUAGCAUUUUUUGCCUUAAUACAAUUUAUUGUUUAUUCAUGUUAGCUAAUUAAUAUUGACUCGUAGAUACAACAAUCAAUUUGUAGAUAUGCAUAUUGUGAAGUUUCUAUCAUAAAAAGAUUACUAAUUUUCUUUGAAUUGUAUUACUGAGCUAUGA